CCAUCGGAAGUCACAGUUUGACGAAGUCUUCGUCUUUGAAGAAGCGUCGAUCGCGGAAAGCGCCAAUUAUUUGGUCGUCGUGGUUAUCAAUAAUCAUCAAGAUAGAGCUUGGAAUAUCGUACAGUUGCUUUACAAAUUAUCUCCAUCACGCACGGAGGAACUGCACUGAUUUGAAAAAAUGAAUAUUGCUGGCAUGAAAUCCCAGUUUGAAGAGAUUCCAAGAAAUGUUCCCUGUAGCAAGUACUGGUGCGACAUCUGCAAAGUAGCUUGUGUAUCUGCUCUGAAUCUUCAGGAACACAUAAGGGGGUAUCAGCACAGAAAGGUUGAACAAAUUUUAAAAGAAACUUUGGGUAAUAAAGUGGGCACCCCUACACCUACAGCUCCUGCAAUGAAUAGUGGUUGUGAUACAAGAACCUUUGAUGAUUACCUUUUGUCUUGGAAUGCUGAUGAACCCUUAAUUGGGCUCAAUUAUGUGAUUGAAUACCAGCGAGAUGGGGGAAGAGACCCAAUGUACGAAUGCACAUUAUGUGACUUCACAGGUUAUCUGCGCAUAUUUGUUUCGCACCUUGGUGGUAUCAAGCACAGAAUGAAUUACAUGUCAAGGGAAUAUCCGGAGAUGAUGAAGUGGGAUGCAAAUAAACUAAAGCAAGAGGAACUGUGCCUCAUUGUUAAAGAAAGAGCUGCUAUUAUUGAGAAAUUGGAAGGAAGGAGGACCAUAAAGGUUAUCAGAGGGCAGGAUCCACCCAGUACAAUUGGUGUAGUGAAAAGGGUUCCACUUCCAAGCAACCCUGGCCCAAUUGCAAAUCCUCCUCAGCCUUUGUAUCCACAGUUUAACUCUUCUGAUGUCAGAAUGAAUCAGGGUGGAAGCAUACAAGAGGGAAUAGAUUCUCAAAACUAUGCACACCAUUCCUAUCAAGAAUAUGGAUCCAAAGGUUGGCAGCAAGAAUGGGGAAGAAAUCCAUCUAAACUGGAACAAGAUUUGAUGGAAGGCAUAAUGAAUGCUAGAGAGCAGUCUCUGACAAGCGAGAUGAUGUAUUCGGUGCCGAGAAAUGAAGAAGGGCAAUAUAGAGCUGAUGUCAGAACUGCUGAUAUGUAUUCUGACUGGAGAAGAGAUAGUAAAGACCUAUAUGGAGAGAGCGUCGGAGCUAUGGACAGAUAUGCAGAACCGAGGAAAGAUAACAAAACGCAAUACCGAGAAAAUAUUUCAAGUGGAUAUACUGAUUGGAAAAGAGAUAACAAAGAACAAUAUGUAGCUGCCACUGUAAGUUAUGAUCAUUACUCUGAUCAACGAGGGGGGCCAUAUGGAGAUCGUGUACAAGAUUCAGCUGGAUAUGCUGAUUGGAGAAAAGUUCGCCAUGAGGAACCUGAAAAUGAUAUCCGGAGUUCAGAUAGGUAUUCAGAUAUAAGAAAAGAUGAUCAACUACAGUACGUAGAUGACAGUAGAGGUGCAGACUGGAGAAGGCAUGACAGAAAACAAUAUGAAGAUGAAUAUAGUGCAAGAGAACAGAUUGGGAAGCCUGAUCACUGGACAGAGCAAAAGGGUGAUUAUUCCAAACCACAGAGUUUUCCUGAUGCGAUUGAUCUUAAAAGAAAGAAACUCUAUGAGUAUUUGCAACGCUUUCAGAUAAAAAGUGAAGACGAUGCCAGUUUUGUUCUGAAGGUUACAAAGGCUUUCAAGGAUGCAUUGAUCAGUUACUAUCAAAAGAAAGAAACUGACCCAGCCAUGAGGCCAACAUUGGAUCAGAGAACUGCAAGAUCCAUCGGUAUACCAGAUGACUAUUCCAGAUAUAAACCUGAUGUGCCAGCUUCAGCGGUACGAGGCUCUGAAAGCCCGAGAGGCGGUUAUGAUUGGAAACAGGAUACUUUGGCAACAAACCUGAGACAGUCACUUGAAUCCUCAUCGUACCUAUCCUCUGCCACUCCUGCCAGAGAUUCUGCGUUGUAUUCCUCUUCAGGCAGGGGCUAUUCGUCAGAUUACAAAUCCAGUAUUCAGGAUGUAAACUGGGGCAUGAAUACAAGCACAACCAAUACCUACUUUGGUCGCUAAAUUCAUUGCAAGUUUGUAUACAAAAAAUAAUGGUUUGGGCUGUGCGUUCUGAACGUGGCACACCUGCAGCACAGCACAAAUUGAUCUCUUAGUUCUAUAACUUCCCUGACCAUCCAUUAUACUAUGUGUGCUUUUUGUAUUUGUUUCUUAAGUAGCUUGCAUCUCCUGAAAGGUUAGCCAUAUGACUUCUGCUCUAACCCAAGCUCACAAUUCAACUGAAAUUCAAUGAAUUAAUAUAUUUCUCUGCCACCCUCUUGACACUUAUUGAAAAGCAAGCAGUCAUGUCUAGAAGCAAUGUUAUAAAUAGCUUGCCUUUUUUCUCCUGUCAUUGAACACUACAUGUACACAACCUGAUGUGCUUAGAACAACUAGUUUCACGAGUGAAAUGUUAUUUUUAUCAACAUACUUUUUUUGUUCAUCUUGUGACUGCAUUUCCAUAGGCACGAGCAUCCACCACUCAAACUUUCACAUUAUCUGUGGACAGUUAGAUCAUGAUGGGCAUCACAUACAGGCCCCAUUCUGUCCUCACCUGACAUCAGCAAGCAUCUUGUUGAGCAGGGAUUAUUGGCAAUUGGGAACAGGAACCUGGCUGCCAGCACUGUCCUCCCCACAACUUCCAUAUCUAGGGAUACUGAGUUAUGUUACCACUAUUGUCUGAUGUGGGAUCAACCAAUUCUGCAGAGACCCAAAGCUUUUGUUGGGUUGUCUAGUUCAGCACCAUGCCAUAUGAUACAUUUACUCAAAAGUUUUUAAAAGAGGGAGAGAUACGGUUUUUCUACAAUUUUGUACUCAAAUAAGUUUGUAUACACAAUGCAAACAACAAUUGAUCUGUGAUGCCCAUAAGCCAAUAAAGUGAUCAUUUAGAAAUGAAACAUAGAUAUUUUAAUGUUCAAUUCAAAUGGUAAGACCAUUUUCAAAAAAAUAGUCAUUAAUAAAAAUGGUAACCUUUUUAUAAUCUUUAGUGAUGGGAAGCUUAAGAAUCUGUUGUUUUAUUUUUGUUCACUGAUAUUUAUCACACUGGUGUUCUAACUAGUACACUCAGCUCACAAAUUGCUUUUGUGCAUCAAAUGCCAAUAGGCAAUGCCAUUUGGAGAGGGGAGCAAAAAAUAAUGAUACAACUAUUUGAGCUGGUAUUGAAAUUGGGGAGAAAAUCUCCCAGCCCUGUUCCCUGAAGACUAGUUUGUGUUGAGUGGGAAGCCUUAAAAAGAGCAAACAUAAAUUUAUUCGAAAUUCUCUCCUGACAGUGUUGACUUGGGCAGUCUUCAGCAUGUACACAACAUCAGUUUACGAGCUAAAUGUGGCCACCAAUACAUGCAGCAUGAAAGCUAUGAUUUGGUUUGGUAGACAUUUAAUACAAUAAUAAAGAUGAGUUUCAAGGUAGUUAUGGCAUCAAAUCUAAUGCACUUCAAGCAGUGCGAGGUGUAGUUAAGUUAGGCAACUUGCCUAAAUCUAUAUUCUCUCCCCCCCCCCACCAUUUUGAAUUUAGUAGUAGGGGAAAAUGCUUCUUAUUUAUCUGGCUAUAAGUGGCUUGAUGAUUUUGGUAAACUUUUGAUACAUGACAGAAGUGUUGAAAGGCUACUUUUGGGUGAUUUAGAGAGCUUUAACUGUCAUGUCUAUUAUAUAUAUGGAAGAAACAUUGGGUGACUGAAACUGUUUUUCUGUUAGGCAUGGAACUACGGUGUGCAAGUCUGUGAGUUUAUUUUGUUAGUGUUGCGUUAAUUAGCUUGACUUUUUAAUUUCAAGAAUCUUGGUGUUCUUAUACACCCAAAUAGAAAUGUCCUUCAGCUGAUAGCUAUUUUUAUGUGCAAGUGUUUGUUAACUAAUCGUUUGAAUAUUGCAUUUUCCUUGUAGCUUUUAAAUUGCACCCUUCGUCAGUUGUAUCUGCAAAUUCACUUUGUAGUACAUAUUGAAUAUUAGAAAGCAGAAUUGGAGGAAUUUGCAUGAUCGUCGACCAUUUCCUCAUUUGGACUGUUCAGAGUACACAAGUAUUGUGAAUUUUGGCUAUUUUAAUACAAUAUCUUUCAAAAGAUUGUUGCAGUAUCAGAUUUGUAACUGAAUCAGACCCAUGAAACUCUUUCACUGAAUCGUUUAGCUUUAACUUGUAUGUGUGUGAAUUCACUUGUAAAAGUGAAUUAUGUCCUUAAGGAAUAACCAUCUUAUUGUUUUGCGAGCUGUAAUUAGAUGAGCAGUGUUUUGAACAUUGGAACAAUAUGCUAUUUAAAAUAAAAAAAACCUUCCCAUUCUUGAGUAAUUUAAAAAUGUGCUUUUUAUACUCAAACAUGCAACCAAAAUAUAUUGCUAAAAUGCUUUAAAGAUAAUGUAAGUGGUUCUGCUGAUGGCCAAGUCUGUUAUUCCACUGUUUAGAGCAUUAAGGUUCCAUGUUCAAUUCUCAGUUAAGUGUUAAGUUACCAAAUCUUAAUUAGGGCAACCACUUAAUUGAUUAUGGCACCCAUCAAUUAGGGAGGGGAAUAUUGACUAGAGUUCCUAUUUGAUCACAAUUCAAGGAUUCUUGCUAAAGUGCUUAGGUAUCAGCAUUGACUUGGAUUAGGGUUAAUCUCAACUAUCUUCCUGCACUUGAUUAAUUUGCUGAUGAUUACUUUGAAGAUAACUAGCACCCAUGCAUAGUAAGGAGGGGACAGGAGAAAAUUGCCCAGGAGGCUGAAAAGUGCAAGAGUUUUUAUCUCCAAUACUAGUGCUCUAAUAUGCAGACAAUUAGAAACAGAAGAAUAUCUAAGUAAUAACCACAACUCUUAAAUUGAACUUUAUUGGUGAGGAAUUUGGUUCUUGUGGCACAGCCUGGUUGGGCAGGAGUCAGAAGGAGGCUAUAUACUUUGCCACAGAGGAGCCAAAAUAUUGGUGAAUGAGAUACCUUGGGUCACGCAUGAAAUCUCCAGAUGGUUUAUUUUAGGAAUCUAAAUUAUGGCUGGCUGUUUUGUGAGGUAUGGAGUGAGGCCUGGAGACCCUGUUGGAAGGGCAGAAAAACUCGUGCAUGAAAUAUUGAAAUAUACAAUCUCCUGCGUUUAAUACAGAUUGAAAUGGCCAUUAAAUGACAAUACUUGUAUAGUAAAAUGUAAGACACCUCAUAAUUACUUUCCUCAUGGAUACACUCGACAUUGAUAGAUAACUUAAAUAUUAGAGAUUCAAAAUUGCGUGAAUCUGUUUUCUAACUAGGCCAUUUUUCAAUGUGUGAGGUAUUAUUCCACAUAAUGCACGUUGUACUCUGUUGCUAAGCAUCAACUGUGUGAGAUGUGACCUGUACUUUGAGGGUCAUAUGGUCUAAAUGCUAUUUCAUGCAAAAUUUGUUUAGAGGCUAUUAGAUCUUAAGAACAUCUGGCUCCUGAAGCAAGUUGGUUUAUUUUUUGGGAAAGUUUUUGUAGAUUGGAAGUGAUUGACUUUAUUUUUAAUUAUGAGCUUUGCACAGAAAAUACAUGAAGUGCAACAGGUCUGUUUUAAAAUAUGUAAGUGUAAAGUAUCUGGUAAAUAACCCUUUCAAAUUUUUACAACUAGUAUGAUAGUUGCAUUUACGAUUGAAAUGUCACAAACAUUUUUGAUUUUAUUUUGUGUUUUGGUGACAUGGCAGAAUAGAUAGGGAAAGUACCCUUUUUAGUGAGGAAUGUCAUUUUGUGAAAAUUGUGUAUUACUAUCCUUUGAAAGCAUGGUUGAUGCUAAGCAACAGUGAUGCUCAAAAUGUAAAGCUGCAGGAAGUGUGAUCUAUGUUCUGAUUUUUAUUUCUAAAAUUUUUGAAAAGUUCGUAGUGUUUCAUCAAUGUUUAAAUAAAUGUGAUGUUCACUUAGUUUUUGUGACUGUAAAGGAACCAAAAUAAACAGAAAAUUCAA